AUGGGGCUCAGUGACCAGGAAUGGCAGCAAGUCCUGACAGUCUGGGGAAAGGUGGAGUCUGACCUCGCUGGCCAUGGCCAUCAAAUUUUAAUGAGACUCUUUCAGGAUCAUCCUGAGACCCUCGAUCGCUUUGAAAAGUUCAAAGGCCUGAAGACCCCUGAUGCGAUGAAGGGCUCUGAAGAUCUGAAGAAGCAUGGAGUUACUGUUCUUACCCAACUGGGCAAAAUCCUGAAGGCAAAGGGUAAUCAUGAGGCCGAGUUGAAGCCCCUGGCUCAGACCCAUGCAACCAAGCACAAAAUCCCUGUCAAAUAUCUGGAGUUCAUUUCUGAAGUCAUUAUCAAGGUCCUUGCCGAAAAACACGCUGCAGACUUUGGGGCUGAUGCCCAGGCUGCAAUGAAGAAGGCUCUGGAGCUGUUCCGAAAUGAUAUGGCCAGCAAGUACAAGGAGUUCGGUUUCCAGGGUUAGCACAUACGCACAAAGGAGCGCCACGAUGGAGGGCCUGGCCACGCAUCUUUCCCCAGUGCUAUUUUGGACAUCUCAAAAUUGGCCAUCUCUGCUGUGUGGGAAAGCUUUGAUGAGAGGCCAAGAGUCACUCCAGGCAGCAUAGAGGCACAGAGUGAUAUCCACGAUAAACUGUUGUUUCCUGGCUUCAUGUAUACAAAAGAAAUAUUCUGCUUUUUUAGGAAAAAUAACAUUAGGGGUUAUCUGUGAGCUUCAGCCUAUUUUAUCCCCUUUCUCUCUCUCUCCCUGAAACUCAGUCUCAUCUGAGAGGCAAAUGGCAUGGCCAAAGAUGAAGGGAUGUGGAGGAUCAAGGCAAGUGCUGAGUGUGGUGAAUGAGUGAAGGAAUGACUCAAAUGAGAGA